AUGGCUGAACUACGUGACCAGAUUUUCCAAUACACAGGCUUCAAACCUAACGAAAUUUGUCUCUCAAUCACAGAAGAGAAUAGACAAGUAUUUCGUAAAAUAAUAACAGAACAGGAUGGAAUGACAGAUAUUAUAAUAGAUGACUAUCAAUUUUUACAGCAACAUGGGCAUAAUGAAAAGGUAUUAGCUCACAUCGAAAAAAGAUUCAAAGAAGUCCCACUUGCGUCAGUACUUAUAUGA